AUGGCACCUCAAAUGGAAGUACCUACACUUCAUAUACCAGGAGAUAACACGCAACCACAACCACAUACUCAUACACAACAGCCGUACCAAUACACAGGACAGCUACAAAAGAAACAAGCACCAGAAGGAUCAAUAGAAUGGUAUUUUGAUCAAAGUAUAAAUUGGAUGGGAAAUCAUCCAUGGAUGACAGGAUUAGGAGCAUUAACAAUAACAUAUUUUGCAGCAGGAUUUAUAAAAUCAAAUAAACCAGGAUUAAAUGGUAAAGCAUUUCAUAGAGGAGGAUUUGGUCCAAAAAUGACUGCAAAAGAAGCUUUACAAAUUUUAAAUUUAAAAGAAACUAAUUUAUCAAAAUUAAAAUUAAAAGAACAACAUAGAAAAUUAAUGAUGGCUAAUCAUCCAGAUAAAGGUGGUUCUUCAUUUUUAGCUACAAAAGUUAAUGAAGCAAAAGAUUUCUUGGAAAAAAGAGGAGGAAUGAAACCAAAAUAA